UAACAGUUUAAUUUGUUUUCUUUAAUGUAAAAGAAAAAGAGUCUUAAAAACGUAAUAUGAUAUCACAAAUAAAGUUGCUUCCACGUCUCUGCUGUAACAUUUACCACUUCCUGUCUGAUUCCUUUUCCGGUAUCCUUCCAACAUGGGUCGCGUUCGGACUAAGACCGUAAAGAAGGCUGCUCGAGUCAUUAUCGAAAAGUACUACACUCGAUUGACUCUUGACUUUCACACAAACAAAAGGGUUUGCGAAGAAAUCGCCAUCAUCCCCAGUAAAAAGCUGCGUAAUAAAGUUGCAGGUUUUGUUACACAUCUGAUGAAAAGAAUCCAACGAGGCCCAGUUCGAGGCAUCUCCAUCAAACUUCAGGAAGAAGAAAGAGAACGGAGAGACAACUAUGUUCCUGAGGUGUCUGCCUUAGAUAUGGAUAUUAUUGAGGUGGAUCCAGAUACCAAGGAACUGCUGAAGUCUAUGGAUUUUGGCAACAUUGCUGGAUUGCAAGUCACCCAGCCAGUCAAUACCAUGAGCUUCAGGGGGCCUCGCCUGUAAAAUAAACAUUUCCUGCAGCCAUA